AAAGGGGCUCUCUCUCUCUCCGAGCUUGGGAGAGUUCUCGAGACGGUUGUGCAGCUACCUCGGCUCUCUCUCCUCUCUCUCUUUCUCUUCCUCGAUAUCUGUAUAUAGUAAAGCUUGUGUUAUGGAUUCGCGGCAUGUAUCCGUGUCGUAGAGCGUAUACGUGUGUGAGGCUGAUUCCUUUGAGCGUGGGUGUGAGCCAGGCGGCUCCGGUGAAGCCUACCUGACGGCGUCCGACACGCAGUAAACCGCCGCUCAACCUCGCGAGACCUGCUUCUGCUGCUGCUUUUGCUGCCUCGCGACGCAGCACUUGGACUCUUCGUUGUACAACGUUACACCGUACACACACGCACACACACACACACACACACGCGCGCGCGCGCGCGCUCACAUGCACGCAAGCCAAUUCAUUUUAUCGUUCAACUUCCUCCCACCUAGUUCGAUUUAACGCAAUCAACGAAUCCCCAACAUGAUCUUCCGUCACGCGAUUUCUUUGUUGUGGAAGAACGCGCUUACUUCGAUCUUAGUGCGUGAUUCUCCCGAUCUCGUUGAUACGUGAUAAAUCCUCAGUUCGAAGAGGCUUUGGUGCAAGAAUUUCACCGUUUACUUUGGUCUAUCGUACCAAGGUUUUGUUGUGAAUGUUUUCCUCGGUUUGUUCUCUAGUGUCGUGACAGUAUUUACGGUGCGACGGUGAUCGAUCGAUCGAUCGAUUUUUUAGUGCAGAAUCCUCCCUCAGGGAUUCGCUUCGUUUCUUACAACCCGUGUGACUUCGUGGUGAUACUCAGUGACCAAGAUUCUUGCAGUUUGCUACUUUUAACAUCGUUUACCUGCGUAUGAAAGAAGAACGAAAGGCGAGGAUCGGGAAGAGUGUCAAGGAUCGAGGUGGAACUCCUUGAUUACCUUCAAUGAUGCGAGUCAAGACCACCUUUCUGUUGGAUAUGUGUUGAGGCACCUUUGUAACCUCGUGAGGUUGCCCUUCAACGAGCCAAAAACUCGAGGAUCACGGAAGUAAACAAGGAUGCCGACUGAUCUCGUGGUAACGUCGUCAGCGUCAGUGGUGUCCGGGGUCGAUGAAUCGGCUCGAGUCCGAGAAAUGUUGGGCCCGUCAUCCCGAUCGGGUCCCGCGUCUUCUUCAUCGAGCUCGUCUACGUCGGUUCCUGGCUCCAGAUCGGGAGUCGGUACGGACAGAGGUGGAGGAGGGUUGAGUUCGCCAAGGAGCUUCGAUUCGUCGGGCGCGUUGGCGGCUUACCACCAUCAUCAUCAUGGUUUGGUGGCCGGAUUGGGUCAUCCGCAUCACCGAGAGUCGUCGGCCUUCGUGCCCGUUGUCCCAUCGAGAUUGCACUUGGCACCUUAUCCCGGUGAGCUGCACGGACACAUGUCAGGCGGCCAAUCCAGCGGUUCCAAUCCAACGACUUCAUCCUCAUCGUCGAGCGGAAGGGAACAAGCUCGGGAGAACCCGGAAAACCCUGUGAGAAAGACUUCCUCCAGUUACGAAAUAAUGGCCAUGAUGGCUGACAAGAGGAAAGAGCUUGCUGCCAGAGCUCUUCUCUUACCACCGCCUCCACCUCUCCUGGAACCACCUCCGGGCUACCCGGUAUUUACGGGACCGUUUCCAGGCAGUUCAGCCAUGUAUCCACCGGGCGGACCACUCGGCCAUCAGCAUCUCGACAGAAGAUUACUCCGCGCACCUGGAAGAGCCUCCCGACCGAAGAAACAGUUCAUUUGUAAAUUUUGCAACAGGCAGUUCACCAAAUCUUACAAUUUACUGAUACACGAACGUACCCAUACGGACGAGCGGCCUUACUCGUGUGACAUUUGUGGCAAAGCCUUCAGGCGACAGGACCAUCUUCGGGAUCAUCGGUACAUUCAUAGCAAAGAGAAGCCCUUUAAAUGCGGCGAAUGCGGCAAGGGUUUCUGCCAGAGUCGAACCCUAGCGGUACACAAAAUACUCCACAUGGAGGAGUCGCCCCACAAGUGUCCGGUCUGUGCCAGGAGCUUUAAUCAACGAAGCAACCUGAAAACUCAUUUGCUUACCCACACGGACCACAAGCCCUAUGAGUGUAGCUCUUGCGGUAAAGUUUUCCGUCGUAAUUGUGAUCUUCGUCGGCACGCCCUGACUCACGCCGUCGGUGAUGUGCCACCCGAGGCACUUGAGGAGGCGUUGCGUCAAGACGAUGACAGCAGUCCGGCGGAGGACGAGCCCAGCUCGGAGUCAACGGCGACUCGAUCUGGAAUUUCUUCGUCGGGAGCACAAUCGGGUACCUCAGCGAAUCCGGGAGCAACUUCUUCAAACCCAUCCGGAUCAUCGUCGAAUCCAGGCUCCGGUGGAUCUUCCAGUUACUCCGCAGCCACCCGGGCAAAUCUCCAAACUGUUCCGCCCAGGCCCCAACUCCAGAUCAGACGGGAUCUCCUGCAGGUCCAUCAAAAACCGUCAACCAUAACGAGCGCUUCCGCCGGACACUCGAAUCCACCUGCCCCCUUGCCACCGCCGCCGCCUUUGAUACUUUCCUCCUACAGACGUAGAUUAGGCUCACCGGGUCCGUCCCGAGUCCUUCUGGAACUCCAAGAACGCGAAAGGGAACGAGAACGCGAACGCGAACGUGAAAUCGACCGGGAACGGCAGAGGGAUCGCGAGCAGAGAGCCAGAGAAAGGGUCGAAGAAAAAGCAGCUGUUUUAAUGGCUGCCAGAGUACCGAGACCACCGACUCCCCAACCACAACCGCAACAACAAAUCCCACUGGUCAGAGGGCCCGUUAGACAACCAGCUAGACAAGGAUUCACCAUUGCUGAUAUCAUGCGUCGAUGAAGCCGAGCGGGGACCGUCCAUUUAUCUUGAAUUUACGAAAAUCUUGAAUCGUAACAUCGAAUGGUAUCGUUUGUAGACAAUGGAAGCCAGAAAAAUGUUAAUUGAUGACGAUAUCGAAAAGUUGCAUUAGCUCUGACUGGUUGAGUGAACACUCGAGAUUUUAUACGUUACGUUUUUUUCAUUUCCAUUGACUGAAUAUUAUUGUGAAUGCCAUUUAUCCGAGAGGAAGAAAAAAAAUCAUUUCCGAACGUGCUAAUUUCGGAGGAGAAGAAAGAAGAAUCUGCAAGGUCAACACGUGCAAUCGCGAACAAUCGAUUUCGAGUGAUAUUAAAAGACACGAUAAUUAAGAGUAUUUUGUAUUUAACUAUUAAUGCGACGAGGCGUAAGAUUUUUUCUUGUUAAUGUUAUCGUGAGAUCAAUUCGCUAGUAUUAUUACAGAUAAACCGUCAAGUGUCGAACGAAUGGACAAGUCAGUCGUGUGAAUGAGUGUACGAGUGAGUGUCGAUCUUUGAGAAGGAACAAAAAAUUGAGUGAUUGAUCUCUCUUUGUAAAUAUUUGAGUCAGGGUUUCAAACAAAACUAUGUAGAAAUAGUUGAAAUGCGAUUUUAGCUGCCAACGAUGAAAAAUGUUUCUCUCACGAAUCAAAGAAUUUUUUCACCCUCCGAGCGAGGUGCAAACUUAAAUUGGUGUACGCGAGGCGAGCGAUCCAGAACCCGAGACCGAUUCUUUUGAAAACAAAUGGAAGUCUCCGUCAUCCUAAUUUGCUUAUGCACACUUUUUUCGAGAGCGUUAAAUUGGCGAAAAUAUUAUUUUUAGCUGAAAACUUGCCGGUGAACCUGUAUUGUCAGGGUCAACAUUGUGAUAUUUAACAAUGAGUAUAGCAAGUCUUUGAAAUUCAAGCCCGAGUGACGGCGUUAACGGAAAAAAGUAACUGUGGAAAAUAAUGAAAUAAAAUGGAGCAGCUGAUACGAUCGUGAUUUUGAAAAUGUCUAAAAGCGUCUUAAUACAUGCGAUGUACAAUGUAAUAUUUAAGCUACGUCAAAUCCGGCUGAUGAUGAUAUAUACUGCGGAUGAUUUACAAAAUAGAUUGCCGGAUUUUGAAUCCCUUUCCUGUUAUUUUUUCUUUCGAAUUUCAUUAUAUGGUAUACGCUAAUGGUUAUUAUAAACAUAUAUUUGCAAAAAUCCAAUCACUAUAUAUUUUCUAGAUUUAUACGAUUGUUGUAUGGAAUAAAUAGAAAAUUGUAAAUUUUGAUUAAGAGUUUAUAUAAGAAAAAUAAAACGUAUUACUUUUCAAUAAA